UUGGAUGUGUAAUGAUGCGUGUGGUGGUUUACUCAAAUUCACAUAUGUAAAGUAGACAUGGAUGUAACUUCCCCCUCAUUCUAUCUGAAACACAUACUUUUUAAAACACGUCUUCAUCAUGAAACGUUCCACUGGCAAAAUGCAGUGGAUUACCAUUUAUGUUUUCCUUUUGGAUUUUAGUCAUUUCUUUUGCAAAGUCACCUGCUCCGCAUCUGAAUUUAGAUUGCAGGGUGAUUAUUUGUUGGGUGGAUUAUUUUCAUUAAAUACGGUUUAUCCACCAGUACGCCAGACCUACCCAGCGGACCUUGAGUGUUACAAGUAUCAUUUCGAGGAAUCAUCAUAUCAGAUGUUCGAGAUGAUGAGGUUUACAGUAGAAGAGAUUAAUAACUCUUCCACCCUCCUGCCUAAAGUCUCACUCGGCUACGAGAUCUUCGACCAUUGUUCAGAUCUGCAGAAUUUUCCCUCUGUGUUCAGUUUUAUCUCUGAGAACGGAUCCAUUCCAGUUCAGAGAUAUUUCAACAAAUAUAAGCCUAAAAUAGUUGCUGUGGUGGGACCGUAUGAAAGCACUAGUACAAUGACAGUGGCACCUUUUUUCACUUUGGACCUUAUUCCAAUGGUAAAUUAUGGAUCAACAAGUUAUCUGCUGAGUAAUAAAAAGUUGUACCCUUCUUUUUUAAGAACAGUGCCAAACAACAAACACCUGAUAGAUAUCAUUAUUCACAUUAUUAAAUGGUUCGGAUGGAACUGGGUCGCCUUUAUUGGUGGUCAGGAUGAUUACAGCCAAGAUGGCCUGAUUUUUUUUUCUCAAUUUGCCAAAACAAAUAACAUCUGUCUGGCCCAUCAGGAUUUACUUGGCCAAAACUCUAACUACAUUUCCACGCUGAAUUUAAUCGAAAAACGCAAAGUUAACGUCAUAGUGGUUUUUUCUUCCCAAGAAGUAGCAACAAACUUAAUCAGAGCAGCUAUAAAGCAAAACAUCAGAAAUAAAGUUUGGAUUGCUGGUGAAGUAUGGUCCAUGAGUAAGCAGCUUCCGAAUGAACCAGGAAUACAAAACAUCGGGCACAUUUUCGGCAUUACAGAAAAGCAAGUGUCUUUUCCUGGAUUUGAGCAGUUCAUCUACACCGGACAGAGUAAAAGCAACGUUAAGUACUUGAAAAAUGGUCAAACUAAUUGUCCUCAGCCAGAAGAAAAAAUGUGCAACCAAGACUGUUAUAACUGCUCCCUUUUGAGCCCAGACGAAAUUUUAAAUGAAAAUCCCACCUUCUCUUUUCCGAUUUAUGCUGCCAUCUACACCAUAGCAAAUGCAUUACACAAUGUUCUACAGUGUGAUGCAAAUCGUUGCAACAAAAACAUUCCAGUUUACCCUUUUAUGCUUUUGAAGGAAAUCAAGAAGCUGGAUUUUUAUCUUAAUGGCCGUAAAAUAAAAUACGAUCAAAAUGGAGAUUCGCAUGUCUUUUACGACGUGGUCUUCUGGCGCCUUGAAGCCAGUCCUCCAGUCUUUGAGAGGAUUGGCACAUACAGCUCAUAUCCAGAAAUUACCUUCUCCAUCAACAGCUCCCUUAUAGGCUGGGACAAUGACUCCUCUGUUCCUUUCGCAAACUGCUCAGUUGAAUGUAAUGCGGGAUUCAGAAGGGAAAGCGACCCAAAUCAUGCGUGCUGUUUUCAGUGUAUCAUGUGUGAAGAAAACACCUCUAUAAAUUAUACACAAGACCCGUACACUUGCAACCAGUGUAAUGAAGAUGAGUGGUCUGAAGAAGGAAGCACAUCUUGCCGGAAGCGCUCCAUUCUGUUUCUUCAGCUCUCAAACCCCCUUUCCAUAUUCCUGAUGGUAUUUGCUGUCACUCUGUUGCUUUUAUGUGUUGCUGUUAUCAUGCUGUUCAUAUACAAUUAUAACACACCGGUUGUGAAAUCCGCUGGAGGCAAUAUGUGUUUUGUCAUGCUAGUUUCUUUGGCUUUGUCUAGUAUAAACGUGUUCUUUUUCUUAGGAAAGCCAACAGUGAUGCACUGUAUUUUCAGAACUGUGUUGUUUUACGUUUUCUACACUAUCUGUCUUUCCUGCAUGACAGCGCGUGCCUUUCAGAUAUUCUGCAUUUUUAAAAUGGCUGCCAAGUUCCCCAAGAUCUACAGACUGUGGGUGCAACAUAACGCCCAGUGGAUCGUCAUUGCGACCCUUUCGUCUUUUCAAAUGUUCAUUAGUGUUUUAAGGAUAAGUGUAAAAUCACCCUUUCCUAUUAAGACAUAUAUACCAGGUGCAAUCCUCCUUGGAUGUUCACCAGGGACGGAACAGACAUUUUUUCUAGGUGUGUCCUACACUUGGAUCCUCAGUGUCCUCUGUUUCUUCUUUUCCUAUAUGAGCACUGACCUACCCAAAAACUACAACGAGGCUAAAGCUAUAACUUUCAGCAUGCUUCUGUUCUUCAUCAGCUGGUCUUUUUACUAUACAGUGCUUAGAUUUCCUCUGACGUUGUACGUCUCGUUUUUUAAUGCAGUGGCGCAGUUGUGCAGUUUAUAUGGUAUGCUGAUGGGCUACUUCAUCCCAAAGUCAUAUGUCAUGGUUUUUCAGCCAAAAAAGAACACUGCAGCAUACUUUCAGACAGCCAUUCAGACUUAUACUCAAACCAUGAGUAGGAUGUAGUGCAGUACUAUAGUCAGGUGCAAAACACUGAGUCCACUGAUGCUAAUAUCAUCAUGGUUUUGGUUGUUCAAAGUCUGCUUAACAUGUUUUUGUGUGUAGAUGCUUUUUGAUAUGUUGUAUGUAGAGGCAAAAGAAGCAUUUCGAAUGGCAAAAUGACUAGCCUGGGUGUCUUAAAGACCAACAACUAUUAGUAACCUAAUAAGUACAAAUCUUAAAAGUUAGAUAUAGUCUGGUAGAGACCCUAGACAUGUCGAGACCCAAAAACUGAAAUCUUUUGUAUAAAUAGUUAAAUUCUUGUAGUGAAAUAGUAGAAAUACUGACGAUUUUGUAUUUACUGGUAGAUAUGUUUCUGUACUUAUGCUUAUAGAAUGUGUGUUUAAAUUUUAACAACAACUACUAUAGUGUACUGUGAAUCUGACUGAGUCAGUGAGGUUAUUUACAU